UUAGGUAUGACAAAAAAAAAAAUCUGAUGUAUUAGAGAUUUUAAAAGAGAUUUUUUUUCGCUUAUAGGCUGGGCGUAAAUAUGAGGAAUUGUGUAGAUCUGUAUGGGAUGGCUUCGAAUACUUUGCGUUAUGAAACGGUUCGGUAAAGCGAAAAUUUUGUCCCUUGUUAUCCCCAGUUCACUGUGAAGUCAGUUGUGUUUAAAUGUGUGGUUUCAGAUUUAAUGAUUUUAUGAUCUUUACUUAUGUGAUGCACUUUUGUCGUUAAUUUUCAAAUGAAAGUAGUUUAUGUACAAGAUUCAGAUUAUAUGAGUUAUCGUGAUCAUUACCUCGCAAAACAGAUUUUGACAAAUUUGCUAAUUAUGGAACGUUCUAAUUCAUGACUUCAGCUCUUCAGCAAAUGAGAUAUAUGAAUUUUUAGUUCUUAUAUCAUGCUCUUUGUAGAUGGUUGAAAAAGCUCCAAGCACAACAAAACAGCAAUUGCUCGAUGAUGUUGAGAAGGAAGUGAUUUCGAAGAUACCGAAUUUGGAUAUUGCACAACUUCGUUUCCUGCUAUCACAUCCUGAUAUUGAUUCAAAGGUGAAGAAGGAAAAAUGGGAAAAACUUAUUGAGCUGAUCCAGGAAAACGAAAUGGGACCAUAUUACAAACUCGUUUGUAACGAUGUCGGGACCACCAUGAACGACUCAUUAUUUGCCGAGUUAAAGCAAGCAAAUGAGAAGCGUUUAAAAGAAAUAGAUGAUGAGAUAGCAGAUGCUGAGCAGAACUUAGGGGAAAGUGAAGUACGACAAGCUUACCUUCGCAAAAGCGAAUAUUUAUGUAAAAUUGGUGAUAAAGACGCAGCGGUCAUAUCGUUUAGACAAACAUAUGAAAAAACUGUCGGAAUUGGCUAUAGAAUUGAUCUUAUUUUCAAUCUUAUUCGACUUGGUCUUUUCUUUUUGGAUCAUCAGCUGAUAAAUGCAAAUAUUGCUAAAGCAAAGAAUCUCAUGGAACAGGGUGGUGAUUGGGAGCGAAAAAAUCGUCUUCGAUCUUACGAAGGUCUUUAUAAGAUGUCGGUGAGAGAUUUGAAGGGAGCUGCAGCACUUUUUCUGGAAGCUGUGCCAACCUUUGGUUCAUACGAACUUAUGACCUAUGAACAGCUUAUAUUCUAUACAGUUAUUUCGGCUGUAUACGCGUUAGAACGUCCUGAUUUGCGCACAAAAGUUAUUAGAUGCAAUGAAAUCCAGGAACAGCUUACUGGUGGUGGUGAAAACAAUGAAUUGGUAUCUGUAAAGCAAUAUUUGGAGGCCUUUUACGGGUGUAGAUAUGAUGAACUGUUCGUAGUGCUUGCGAAGUUGGAAAGAGAGCGAUUAAAAUUUGAUCGCUAUUUAGCACCACAUUAUAAUUUUUACUCGCGAGCAAUGCGUCUCAAAGCUUACGAACAGUUUCUUACUCCGUAUAAAACGGUUCGUUUAGAUAUGAUGGCAAAAGAUUUCGGUGUUUCGAAAGAAUUCAUUGACAAAGAAUUACAUCGACUGAUUGCCACUGGUCAACUGCACUGCAGAAUAGAUGCUGUCAAGGGAAUCAUAAUAAUGAACCAUCCUGAUACUAAAAAUCAUCUUUAUCGCAGCGUUAUUAAGGAUGGUGAUAUCCUCCUGAAUCGUAUACAAAAAUUGGCACGUGUGAUCAAUGCCUGAAAGUAUAUGAGCUUUAAUCUUUUAUUUCGUUUCUACAUUGGAUUUCGAUUGAACUCUACAGAUCUUCCCCAAUUUUAGAAUUUAAAAUAAAGAUAUGCAAAAUUUUGAAACGGUUUAAAAAAAGUAUUCCCAAUCCCGAGAACAGAUUGUGAAGUAUGAUAAUUUAAUACGAGGUUGUUAACUUAGUCUGUUAUCUAUCAGCA